GUAAUUUUUUGCAUUUGGGUUUGCUUACUGAAAUUUUGGUGCUUGUUUUUAGCUUCAAGGACUCGAUCCAAAGUCGUCACCAUCGAAAAGAUUGAUUCUCAAAAGCGAAACGCCAGAGAAAGAAAGCAAAGCGUUUCAGAUUGUCAGCUUGUAAAAACAGCGACGAAACUUCUUCUUUUUCGUCUACAGUUUGUUUCUUUUUUCUCUUUGCUUUGUUGCAACUUUUUCUUUCGUCGUCGAUUGUCUCUCUCUCUUUUCCUUUAAAGGUGAUAGAUUUUGAUGGAGCAUUGGUAAGUGAACUUAGAUGGAUUUAUGGUCGUUGUGAAUGAGUAAAGAGCAAAAUGAGCUAAAAUACGAGUUUAAUUUCAAUGAAGGGUGUUCUCUAGUGUGUUGGAUGCUGCAAUCAAGCACUGGGUUUGGUUUCUUUUGUUUUUAGAAUGUGAAGUCAUCAUUAAAUCAAAGGAAGGAGAGUUUUCUAAGGUAUUAUCAUCAGAAUCUCAUGAAACUGUAACCUGUCGGGGCAUUAUGCAUGUCUGGCCCCAUGGUCAUUGUCGAUAACGUGGAAGGAGCACUUUCUUGUCCGGAAAGAACAAAAUCUCUUGAUGCCAUCGUUGACAAAGACAACGGUUCCAUACUAACUAAUGUUGUUGCUGUCCAUAGUUCUGAAACUGCUGGAUUUAGAGUUGGAGAACUCUUGCUUCCUAAUGGGGACUCUUAUUUUGGGUCAUUGCUCGGCAACAUGCCAGAGGGCCGAGGAAGGUAUGUUUGGCGAGGUGGUUGUGUGUAUGAAGGAGAGUGGAGACUUGGGAUGACGCAUGGGACUGGCAAAAUACAAUGGCCUUCUGGAACUGUUUAUGAUGGUGAAUUCUCAGGUGGUUAUAUGCAUGGCACUGGUACAUAUAUUGGCUCCAACAAAUUGACUUAUAAGGGGGCAUGGAAGUUGAAUCUGAAACAUGGUUUAGGAUAUCAAGUUUAUCCUAAUGGAGAUGUGUUUGAUGGCUAUUGGAUCAAGGGAACUCCAGAAGGUCCUGGAAAAUAUACUUGGGCCAAUGGAAAUGUUUAUCUAGGGAAUAUGAAAGGUGGGAAAAUGUCAGGCAAAGGAACUCUCACUUGGACAAAUGGAGACUCCUUUGAAGGAAGGUGGUUAAAUGGAAUGAUGCAUGGAUUUGGAGUUUAUACCUGGAGUGAUGGUGGUUGCUAUAUAGGAACUUGGACACGGGGUUUAAAGGAUGGAAAAGGAUCAUUUUAUUCAAAAGGCAGCCGACCUUCUGCUUUGCAAGAAGUUUACCUCAAUGCUCUCAGAAAAAGAGGAUUGUUACCAGAUUUGAGAAAGCACAAUCAUUCACAUAUUCACCAUGCUUCUUCUGUAGACAUGGGAAGUGUCAAGAUUGGAGGCAACAGGGUAACUCAUCGUAAUUCUGAUAGGCUCUCAGAAGGAAACUUAUUUAAUCUACAGCAGUCUCGCAAUAGAAAUGUUUCCUUGGAAAGACGUUGGAGUCUAGAGGUAUCUAUUGAAAAAGUGAUUGGACAUGAUUCGUCAUUAGAGUUAUCUGAUUCUUUUAUAGAAUGGGGAGAAAAGAGGCAUGAAGUAAAUGCACCAAUCUUAGAACGUGAAUACAUGCAAGGUGUCUUAAUUAGUGAGCUUGUGUUGAAUAAUGGUUUUUCAUCAUCAUCCAGAAGAGCAAAAAGGAGACAAAAGAAGUUAGCAAAAGAGGUUAAGAGGCCUGGUGAAACAAUCAUUAAAGGCCAUAGGAGUUAUGAUUUAAUGCUCAGUUUGCAGCUUGGAAUCAGAUACACCGUGGGGAAAAUUACACCUGUACAGAGACGACAAGUUAGAGCAUCAGACUUUGGCCCCCAGGCAAGCUUUUGGAUGAAUUUUCCUAAAGAGGGGUCUCAAUUGACACCUCCCCAUCAAUCAGAAGAUUUUAAGUGGAAAGAUUACUGCCCAAUGGUUUUCAGGAAUUUAAGGGAGAUGUUCAAGAUUGAUGCUGCUGACUACAUGAUGUCCAUUUGUGGAAAUGAUGCUCUCAGAGAACUUUCUUCUCCUGGGAAAAGUGGUAGUAUCUUCUUUCUGUCUCAAGAUGAUCGUUUCAUGAUUAAGACACUCCGGAAAUCUGAAGUAAAGGUUCUUCUAAGAAUGCUUCCGAACUAUCACCAUCAUGUGAGGUUAUAUGAGAACACACUCAUAACAAAAUUUUUUGGUCUUCACAGAAUCAAACCAUCAAGUGGUCAAAAGUUUCGCUUUGUAGUCAUGGGAAAUAUGUUCUGCACUGAGUUGCGGAUUCAUAGAAGAUUUGACUUGAAAGGAUCAUCACUAGGUCGUUCCACAGACAAUGUUGAAAUUGAUGAGAACACAACACUUAAAGAUUUGGAUCUCAACUACUGCUUUUAUUUGGAACCUUCUUGGCGGGAGGCUUUAUUAAGGCAAAUAGAGAUUGACAGUAAAUUUUUGGAAGCACAAAACAUUAUGGAUUAUAGCCUUUUGCUUGGUGUGCAUUAUCGAGCACCUCAGCAUUUGAGGUCUCUCAUGUCCUACAACAGAGCAGAUGGAUUAGGGAGUGUUGCUGAGGAAGAGGAGGAUGAAAUCACCAACUACCCACAAGGCCUUGUAUUGGUCCCUCAUGGAACAGAUGACAAUAGUGUCGUUGUGGGUUCUCAUAUACGAGGUAGACGUUUGCGAGCAUCAGCUGCAGGUGAUGAGGAAGUGGAUCUCCUUCUCCCUGGCACAGAAAGACUCCAGAUCCAGCUUGGUGUGAACAUGCCAGCCAGGGCUGAGCAGAUUCCAGGGAAAGAAGAAAACAUGUUCCAUGAAGCUUAUGAUGUUGUUCUGUAUUUGGGUAUCAUCGACAUUUUACAAGAAUAUAACAUGACUAAGAAGAUUGAACAUGCCUAUAAAUCUCUUCAGUUUGAUUCUGUGUCCAUAUCUGCUGUAGACCCUACAUUCUACUCGCAACGGUUCUUGGAAUUCAUUCAGAAGGUAUUUCCUCCAAACUCCAUUAUAAGUUGACAAAGUUUUGGGUCCAUGUUGUGCGCCUCUCAUGAGUUUCCUUAAGAUGGGCAAAUGUUCUGAGAAAUUGAAUGCCUGGUACCAUUCCAAUACACAGAGUGGCAAUGCCGAAAUCCUUGUUCAAGAUGGUCAUCUCCAGGUGAUGUAAAGCAUUUGUAAGGAUCUGCUCUUAGAGCAGAUUUUAAUGAUGAUGUUUAUAGUAAUGAUGAUGUUUAUAGUGAGGAAUAGUUUCUUGCCAUUGUUAUGUUCUGUUUUAUGACAUUCUUGGAGCACAUGCUCGAUGAUUCUUCUAUUAUUUGCACCUUGUUCUGAUUCGUGCAUUUCAUUUCCUUUUU